GAGGAAAGGUAGAAAAUGGUUCAUUUGUUGGAAGCUGUUCCUGUGCCUGCUGCGCACGCUGUGUUACUGAGAUGUCUCCCCCCCACCUCUCAGUUUAAGAAGACCCCCCCCAAGGUUCCCUACAAGGCCAUCGCCCUCGCUACCAUCCUCUUCCUCAUCGGCUCGCUGCUUAUCACCAUCGGGGCUCUGCUGCUGUCCGGGUACAUCGACGUCACGAACAAUGACCGGACCUGGCCUGUGCUCAUCAUUGGGAUUCUGGUUUUCCUGCCCGGGUUCUAUCACCUGCGCAUCGCUUACUACGCCUCCAAGGGUUACCGUGGUUACUCCUACGAGGACAUCCCAGACUUCGACUGAGCGGCGCGCCCUCGACGCAGAGGCCGGCCGCGUCCACCGGACACUCUCACAGCGUUUUCAUUGAGCAAAGCGAUACGGGAGCCUGCAAGAGGCAGCGCCCGACGAGUGUUCUUUACCCUGAUAGUUCAUGCAAAGCGUUAUCUCAGUGAGCAGGGGUUCAAUUAGAGAGCAGCCCCGUGGAGAAAGAGCCCCCUCCUCCACUUCACAGUCCAGCGGAAAAAGAGAUCCAGCACAAAGAAGUCACAGCUCGUUAUAAUGAAGCAGAUGCACUGAUGUUGACAUUUGUAUUUAAGAGCUGAUGUGGUUCGAAUAUUGAUGAUAAUAAUAAUAAUAAUAAUAAUAAUAAAUAAUAAUAAUAAUGCUAAUUGCUAGUAAGAGAUUCUGUCCAGUCUGUGCUGACGCAGGAGUGUCUCUGGGUUGAUGUGCUUUCCCUGUGCGAUGCUUGUCCUGUGCAGAGUAGCUGCUGUUUCAUGCAUUUCUAAGCUGGCAGGAGUUGGUUUUUUUUGCCGGCUCUGUCUGCAGCUGCGGCCAGACGCUUUGCAUCACCCGGUCUGUAGAAUGAAUUCAUUUUGCUUCAUGAAGUCGAAUAAAAGCCGCUGAGUAACGUUAACACAUCGAAUUACACGCUGCUUUGCAGCUUCCCAUGUUACCCUCCAAAUACAUAUAACUGAGAAACGAGACGUUUCCAAAUCCAGCAGGAAAUACAGCACUGCCGUGAUGGCGUCUGGUUGACUUUUGCAAUCUCAUUUUGUAGUUUCUUUGAUUCCAGUGUGAAAUAAAAGAUCUAAAUGA